AUGUUUUCAGCCCGAGGGUACACGGGUGGAGGUCCAGGGGAGAGCGUCUUGCUAAAGAAAGCUUUCCCCUGCUGCUCGCAGUGUGAAGAAGCCGGAGGAGCCCAUUCUCAGUUCCAGGAGCUUCUGUCUGCCCUUGGCGAAGCUGGUGCCACGUGUUCCCUCAGCAUUGCCAACAGGCUCUUUGGAGAAGUGACUUUUCAGUUCCUUCAUCAAUACUUAAACUCCACGAGGGCCUUGUACCACGCAGACCUGGAAGCCGUGGACUUCAUUAAUGCUGCUGAAGAGUCCAGAAGGAAGAUGAAUUCCUGGGUGGAAAAACAAACCAGUGGGAAAAUUAAAGACCUGUUCCCUCCUGGCUCUAUUGAUAGCAAAACGGUGCUAGCUCUGGUCAACGCUAUACACUUCAAAGGGCAAUGGACUGUAAAAUUUGAGGAGAAAAACACCAGGGAAAUGCCCUUCAGGCUGAACAAGAGAGAGAACAAGAAUGUACCAAUGAUGUCUCGGACAGGAAAAUAUAAAUUAGCCAGGAUAGAAGAAGAGCAAGUGACAGUGCUGGAGCUCCUGUACACUGGAGAAGAGCUCAGCAUGUUCAUUCUUCUGCCAGAAAACAUCUCUGAUGAGUCUACUGGCCUUGAACAGAUAGAGAGUGCUGUCACCUAUGAGAAAUUAGCAGAAUGGACCAACAUGGAGAAUGUGUAUCCACAAAAAAUCACAGUGUACUUGCCCCAGUUCAGAAUGGAGGAGAGCUGUGAGCUCAUAGCAGUACUGCAGGCUCUGGGGAUGAGGGAUGCCUUCAUCCUUGAACAAGCUGAUUUCUCUGGGCUGUCAAGAGAACCUGGGCUGUUCCUCUCCAAGGCCAUUCACAAGUCCUUUGUGGAAGUUAAUGAAGAAGCCACUGAGGCGGCUGCUGCUGCAGGGGUGACUGUAAUACCGUUGUGCCUCCACAUUCCUUACGAGUUCAGAGCUGACCACCCAUUCCUUUUCUUGAUCAAACACAAUCUGAGCAAGAACAUUCUUUUCUUUGGCCGAUAUUGUUGCCCCUAA